AUGUCAUUUCCGAAAAAUAGAAGCGUAAGUGUUUCAAAAGGUUUAAUGGCGGUGGCAGAUGUGAAGUUAAAUUCACCAACUCAAACAAACAGUCAAAGUGUUAUUGUCAAUGUCAAAGACAGAGAUGUUGAAGUGGGGAAACCAUACGAAGACGAAGAUGGUAUAACAAUUGUUCCUGUAAAAGAACCAACAUAUCCUGAAGUUAACAGAGACUUAAGUUCUGUUGCAGAUAUUCGAAACGACUACCAACAACUGAAAGACAAACUUCAAACUCAGGAGAAGAUUUGUCAAGCUUUAAGUAUAAUGUUAAACUUGGUCGAACACAACCCUGUAAAAGUGAACUCAUAUGUCAUUGCACCUCAUGAAGUUUUGAAAGAACUAUUGAAACUUUUGACAGAGGCAGACGAUAUAAACAUCAAAGAAAUAGAACCCGACA